AUGUGGCAUUUGAAGUUGACAGAGUCUCCUAUCAGCCCACCUCAGUGUCGUGUUCCCCACGUGGGCAUUCAAGAUUUUGUCCCGCAGGGUUUCACGCCCACGUUGAUGAUGAGCGGCGGCGCAGGCUUCCCUCGCACGGAGCGCGGCGCGCGCAGGCCCAAGUGCGCGCGCUGCCGCAACCAUGGGCUCAUCAGCUGGCUCAAGGGGCACAAGCGCCAGUGCCGCUUCCGCGCAUGCGUCUGCGCCAAGUGCUCCCUCAUUGCCGAGCGCCAGCGGGUCAUGGCCGCGCAGGUGGCGCUGAAGCGGCAACAGGCGGCCGAGGACGCGAUCGCGCUGGGGCUGGUGGCGGUGACGACUGGCGCCGAGUACGGGUUCUUGCCGCAGGGGCCCAUCUUCGGCAUGAGCACCACGGCUCCCCAGAGCGAGCCCUCCGCAGGUACCGCUGCUCAGCGGCCGCUGGCGGCCGGCUCGCUGGACCUGCUGGCCAAACUGUUCCCUCACAAGAAGCGCUCCGUGCUGGAGCUGGUGCUGCGCCGCUGCGGCGACGACCUCGUCAAGGCCAUAGAGCAGUGCGUGCCCUGCGACCCAGCCGCCGCAGCUGCGGCCGCUGCCAGUAUUGACAGCUAA